AUUCCACUCACAGCAGAAGAGAGACUUCCGAAACUUGCCAUAAAGCUUCUGAGUUCUCAUCUUCCCUCUCUAGAACUACCUUUGCUAUUAGACAUGGCAAUUCCGGUCAUCGACUUCUCGAAGUUGGAUGGCAAGGAAAGGGCUGAAACUUUGGCUAAGAUCGCCAAUGGAUGCGAAGAGUGGGGAUUCUUUCAGCUGGUGAACCAUGGGAUUCCGGUGGAGCUUCUGGAGCGCGUGAAGAAGGUCAGCUCUGAAUGCUACAAACUGAGAGCUGAAGCCUUCAAGAAAUCCAACCCUGUCCAGUUGUUGAACAAAUUGGAGGAUAAAGAAGGCGAGAACAGUAACGUUCAGCGGUUGGACGACGUGGAUUGGGAGGAUGUGUUUGUUCUCCAAGACGACAAUGAAUGGCCAUCCAACCCCCCAGAGUUCAAGGAAACCAUGAAGGAAUACAGGAGAGAGCUCAAGAAGCUGGCGGAGAAACUAAUGGAGAUAAUGGAUGAAAACUUGGGUUUACAGAAGGGCUGCAUAAAGAAUGCUUUCUCCGGCAAUGGCGAACACGAGCCCUUCUUCGGGACCAAGGUGAGCCACUACCCGCCAUGCCCUCGCCUAGACCUCGUUCAAGGCCUUCGUGCCCACACCGACGCCGGCGGCGUCAUCCUGCUCUUCCAAGACGAUCAUGUAGGUGGACUCCAGAUGCUUAAAGAUGGCCGGUGGAUCGACGUCCAGCCUGUAGCCAAUGCCAUCGUGAUCAACACCGGAGAUCAGAUAGAGGUGCUCAGCAAUGGGCGAUACAAAAGCGUGUGGCACCGUGUGCUCGCCACCAGCAAUGGCAACCGCCGCUCCAUUGCGUCCUUCUACAACCCCUCCCCCAAGGCCACGAUAGCUCCAGCGACCCCCGGAGAAGAGGCUCAACCUUUGUACCCCAAGUUUGUCUUCGGGGACUACAUGGAUGUGUAUGUCAAGCAGAAGUUUCAGCCCAAGGAGCCAAGGUUUGAAGCGGUCGCAGCCAUGUGAAGGCAAAGCAGAAAGUAAAUUUUUUUUUUUAUUUUUUGAUGAAGAUGGAGGCAAAGCUACAAAUUAAGGAGUAAAAUUAUAAAAGUUUUACUAGAAAAACACAAAGCAGAAGCUAGGAUUAUUUUUUUACAGAAAUUAUUUAUAAAAGUUUUACAAGAAAAAAAAAAUAAAGGAGUAAUAAAAAUAAUUUACAAAAGAUAGUGGUCAUGAAUUUUGUUUUUGUUUGAACCUAUGUCAGUGGGAAUGUUGAGUCCUACAAUGAGUGGUCCUCUGUUGGUUAAUUUCAAAGAGUUGAUUGUUUGUAACAAAAUACUAGACCGACAGAUCGUAAAAUUUAGUAGUGUUGUUGAGUCAGUGUUCACGUUGUAGUUUGUACUCUUGAGAAUAUCGACAGCUAAGUAAGUUGUCACUGUUGUAACUUAUUUUACCUUGUAAUUUUUUCUGCAUAAGUAACUCUUUUACCACCUAA